AAUACACCAGAUCUUCGCAGGCAAUCCUAUAUUGAAUUUUGAUCAAAACAUGGAAUUAUGUGUCAUUUAUAUCGGAAAAGAGAUUUGUGGAGAACAGCAGUUAAAGCAAACAAACUUAAAGAGUUUAGGUCUACUUCGGGGCAGAGUUGUCAUGAGAUUAGUGGUCAGAGCCGUCAAUUCAACCAAAACACAAGCUUUUGUUGAAGCGCUUGUAUUACCUAAACCACAGAGUUUGCCCAAAAACGUAAACACUAACCAAACUGAAGAGAAAGUAACACAAAAAGCACAACAACCUCCACCGGAAUCACAACCGCCGCCACCACUAGAACUACAAUCACAACCCCAGCCAUCAGAACCACAAACAUCUAAUUAUCAACAAAUGGUUGUUAAACAAGAAGUGCCUCAAAAUAAUAAUACGACAAUUAAUGAAGUGAAACACAUUGAAGAGGAUAAAUGUGAAGAUAUGGAAGUGGAGUCUGAUUUGGACGAAAGUUCUGAAUUGGGAGACAAUAAUAGCGGCAUUUUAUUUAAAAUGUCUGAUUUGCCAAAAGUGUCAAAAAUUGAAUUUCCCGAUGAUUUCUACGUAACAACAAAAGAUGAUUUGGUGUCAGUUCUCAAAGGCCUUCGACAACAACAAAUCGGAGAAAACGAGAAUAUGUUAGAAACCAAACGAAUGAAAGAACAGAAGAAAUUGGCUGAAAGGCAAAGAUAU